UCGUUGCACUGCCAGUCGCCAUGAACUUCGGAAGGAUUUCUGCGGCUGCUCAGCUGCUGUAGGAAGCUGCACAGCCGGGCUGGAAGCUUGAGGGCACAUGACAUAACUACUGCAGAGCUGUCCGCCUGACGUGCUGCAGAAACGGUCCUUUUUUCACAUUUGAGGCAGAUGACUUCUUAUUACAGUGUCACGUUGGAGUGGAAAGCCGGACUCAUUGAUUUUGGCAAAAUCAGAAAUAUGGCUUCGAAUCUCCUCCUUGUGGAUGACCAUCACAGCUAUGCCCGAUUUUUCUCCAGUGACCGCCUUUUCAACCAGGUCUUUGUCCAAGUCGUCAGAGGAGUGGCAUGGGCAGUACUCGCCCUCAUGGCGGUUGGAGUCCUGAUUUUCGCCGGACUUAUGAUCAAGGAAUCGAUACGAAAGCAUCGAGAGGCCCUCAAGGAUGAUGAGUUUAAUGCGACUGAUAUCGAUGUCGAAGCAGGGAUUGGAAGUGCAUACGUCGAUGAGCCGCCAAAGUACGAACAUGAAGAUGCACCUCCACCGGUCUACUCAAGUGAAGAAGUGGCAGCACCACCGGCUUACCAUGAGCUAUCGGAUCGGGAGACAUCGAAAGCUACCGCAGAAGUGAAUUUGCAAAGACCCUUUCACCAUCUCCCUACUGGAUCCAGGAGUUGACUUGCGGACGCUGUUCGCUGACCUGUCAACUUGGAGCGCUCCAACUCUGGCUGGCGUUCUCUGGAUUAUGGCCCACAAAAGCUUGUGGGCGAGCCGCCGAAGGUUGGAAACACGAUCCACAAGAUGAGUAGCUGGUAAUCUCACGCCAAGCAUCGACAUGAGGACUGAGGACGUGAACAUGAGGACUUCAUGACUGAGGACAUCAACCGACUAUAUGUAUCACUUGCCUUGCACUCGAGAAUCUUCACAUCUCUACACAUUUACUGCCAUACUACUACACCACGAAAGAAUCCACUACAACUCCGAACGACAAUCAAUAUGGCCAACUUUGUUGCGAAAAUGCUCGUGAGACUGCUUGCUGCACUACUCGCAGCUGCACUUCGAUUCAAAGACAACGACGCCUAUCCGCAGCCAGACGGGCUUGAAUCGAACGACGACGAGCAGAGCGAACAAGACCAAGACCAAGCCCAGGCAAAUGAAGACCCUGAAAUAGCAGCAGCCGCCG